CUACGAGCCCCCCCCCCCGCCGCCGCCGCCGCCGCCUGCCUCUUUGAAGAGAGAGCCUGAGAGUAGACCAUCGCCGCCGCAGCCGAAGGCGAAGAAGAAGCCAAAAAGGGUUCUUGGUCAUUUGAGUGUUGUAGUUAAUUUGCUUGAAUUCUGGGGAAAAUAGAUUUUUUUAUUAUUAUUUAUGUAUUGUUUGUGUGUUUUGGUGACGCAGAGAAGAGAGAGCAUGAGGAUUUGAUCCCGAGCAUUUUCAGUAGCUCGUCACCUUGCACCAUUAGGAUCCAGGGCAGUACUCAUAUUUCGAGCCAGCAUAAUUAGGAGGAAGCUGAGGAGUCUUGCAAUUUGCAAUGGCAGAGAUCGUGUUUUUGAGGCAAGGGAUGAGCUUCACAGGAUGCUGAAUGAGGCUAAUUCCCACUAUUUUGUUAUCAUCGAGCAGGCUAAUUCCCACUAUUUUGUUAUCAUCGAGCAUUGAUGGCGAUUGUGAAACGAACAACAAGAAAAGAACAUUAUCAUUCUGGGGAAGGGAUGGUCAUCAAAUUAGGCUCGCAUUCCCCUAUCGCAAACCUUCCAAGCUAGAGUAUAUGACACAUAAGUUCAAAAGAAAUGAGACAAUAGAUGAACACAUUUCAAAUAUGCGAAAUAUAUUAUUUAAAAUGGAAGUUCAAACGGAGCCUGCAUUGAGUGAAAAGGAAAAAAUAGAUGGACUGAUCAAUUCCUUGCCGGAUGAGUUUCGCUUUAUUAAGUCUCUUUAUCUGUCACUUGUGACAAUACAGAAGUUGAAAUUUGUUCCUCAGAUAACAUUACAUCUUGCAAGAGAAAUUUGUUCGAAUCUGAUGUCGAGCAAUCUGUUUCAGUGGACUUGAUCUCUCCGCAAAUGUCAAGCAACAAAAAGGAAAAACAUAUCAAAAUUGAAAAAGAUAAUUACUAUAUUCUACGGAGAGUAGAAGCUACAUUUUGAAGGGAAAAACCUAUCUGAUUUAUGAUGUAUGAAACUUAUAUUUAGUAUCAUUGUAUGAAUACAUAUUUAGUAAGCUUUUGUAAUCAGUGCAGAUUAUUUUGGUGGUUUUGGGUUGAUAAACCUAAAUAUUUGAUAUGAUUAUAUUAUGCUGGAUAUUUGGUUUAUCAAUAUAUUGAUAGUUAUUAUUUUCA